AUGUCCCUAUUUGGCAGACCCACGGAUCCUUUUCAGCAAGCCCUCAACGUCCAAUCCUGCCAUAACACUGCGCUACGACAGUACCGAAUGGCAGUCAGAUCUUCCAAUGUGCGCACACGACAGCGCGCUCUGAGGAGCCACCACAUUUAUCUCAAACAGCUGCUGGACAAUGAAGCGGGAUACGAAACGGAUUUGUUCAAAUCUCUCAAGCACAUCGAGGAGGUUGUCCGCAAAUGGUCGGUCCUAUACAAGGCUGGAGACCGCAAGGGCGCGCAGAAGGCUGUGGAGCCCAUCUACCUGGAAUUUCGCGAUACCUGCCACACAAGAGAGUUUGAAAAAUUGAGUGAGUCUGAGCAGGACGAGCUACUUUUAGACAUUUGUCUGGCGUACAAUCGGCUCAACGGCUCCAUCCAAGACUCUACAGCUCUGCGCGGCCAGCUGUAG